AUGGCAUCUUCCAGCUUAACAACCCCGUGGAAAUUACCACCUCACAACACCUACAUUCUUGAAAAUGCAAACAUAAUUAACCCCAUCGAUGGAUCCGUCCUAAAAGGGGCCACAAUAAGGCUAUCAGAUGGAAUUGUUCAAUCCGUGACAACUACAACUACGGGAGCGACCAAAUCGGAAAAGCCACACCAAGAUUCUGGUAUCACUAUCGACCUCAAGGGAAAAUACGUAUGCCCCGGUCUCAUUGAUGCGCAUGUUCAUGUUGCAGCAGUGCCAGGAGAAAAGAAUCUUGGAGAUACUCUUGGACUCACAGAUCAAGUUUCAAUGAUGCGACAGCCCUAUGUUUGUCUCCAAAUGAUACGGAGAGGUUUUACCACCGCUCGAGACUGUGGGGGCGCAACACUUGCGCUGAAGGAAGCAAUAGAAGAGGGCGUCUUUACCGGACCUCGACUUUUCAUAGCAGGCAGACUGCUGACACAAACCGGCGGUAGCGCUGAUCCUCGCGGUCCCCACGAUGAUGGCGAGUGUUGUAGUGGUGCGAAGGCUUUGGGCAGAGUCUGCGAUGGUGUUCCCGCUUGUAUCAAAGCUGCGAGAGAAUCGAUUAGGACCGGAAGUGACUUUAUCAAGAUCUUCUCUGGUGGCAGCAUAACUGGUCCCGCUGAGAAGAUUACCAGCGUGCAUUUCAGUAAUGAGGAAAUUCAAGCCAUCAACACUGUUGCGAAGAACAGCGGGACCUAUGUCACUGCUCAUGCAUAUACUCCUGCUGCAAUCCGACAUGCUCUCGACAAUGGUGUCAUGGGAAUCGAACAUGGAAAUAUGAUAGAUGAAGACACGGCAAAGUACAUGGCUGAGAAGGGCGCGUUUUUGACACCAACACUUACCGCGUAUGCCGUCGCCGCAUCUCCAGAGUUGAAAGACUUCAUUUCAGAUCCCAGAAUGGCAGCAAAACUCCAGCAAGUUCUGAGCGCAGGACAACGAUCGUUGAAAAUCGCAUCCGAUGCUGGGGUUCAGAUCUGUUACGGCACUGAUCUCAUGGGACCUAUGCAUUUUGCGCAGACAAAAGAGUUUGCUCUACGAGCAAAGGUUCUUUCGCCUGUUGCUGUUUUGCAGAGUGCGACCGUGACGGCGGCUCGGCUGCUCGGGCAGGCUGAUUUUCUUGGGCAAAUAAAAGAUGGCUUUGCAGCGGAUCUGCUAAUUUUGAACAAGAAUCCGUUAGAGGACAUUGAGGUUUUUGACAGACCUGAUGAACAUCUCCUGGCAGUGUUCAAGGAUGGUCGUGUUCAGACUAGUCGAUGGUCGAAAUUGAAGGAAGAUGUUGUAACUGCAGUUCCAAUGAUUGAGUAG